UUUGCUUUAGUUGUCUGCGACUCGGGCCACAACGUCUUGCGUAAAGCGACGCGUCCCCGCCGCUCCGAGCACUGGUGCAGAGUCCAGCUCUGCUACGGCAAAAAGCUCGCACGCAGCGACGCAGUUACGCGGGGCUCAGUGCUGCAAAUAAUAUAUUGACUGCUCUAUUAUAAGAUAUGCUGCUGCCCGACAACUGCACAAAGCAGUCGAGUGCUCUCCGCCUGUGAGAGCUAGCUAGCGGUUGUAAGAUACUAGCAAAGCCAUCGGAGACGUCCGAGCGCACAAGGUCAACGUGCAAGGCACCUGCUCGCUGGCAAAAGCUGGCAUCGCUGCGAGCCCACAUGAUUCUCCUGCUGCGCAUUUCUCUGCUGGCCUGCGUGGUGACUGGCUUAAGACCACCAUGCAGCCACAGGCCGGCACUCACACGCGUUGCCAGCUCCAGCACGGACAUCGUCGCGAAAGCCAUGGGCCCGAACGCCGACCGCGCGAUCCAGCUGCUGCGCGAGGCGGCGGAUGACUUGGAACCACGCGAGGCGUACGUCUUCGAGCCGGAGGGGCCGGUGGAGGGCGUCGCGCAUUUCAUCGGCGGCGCGGCGCUCGGCACGUUUCCCCAAGUGGCGUAUAAGGCGCUGCUGACGCGCGUCGCGCAAAAGUGCGGCGUCGCGGUGGUGGCCACGCCCUUCGACCUCGGCCUCGACCACGACGCCGCCGCGCGGACGUGUAGGACGGCGUUCCGCGCCGAGGCCGCGCGGUGGCGCGGGCUCCCUCGCUACGGCAUCGGCCACUCGCUCGGCGCCAAAUUACUCCUCUUGAUAGCGUGCGACGACGCCGACGCGUACGAGAAGCUGGUCCUGCUCGCACCGAACAACUCCGGCGUCGCGGACUCGGCCCGACUCCUCGAGAGGCUCGUCGACGCAGCGGGCGGCGGCGCUGGUGAGAAGCGGCCGGCCGAGGGCAUCGACUGGGGCGGCGUCCUGGGAGCGGCCUUCUCCAUGGCCGGUCUGGAAGUCACGCCGCCGCCGGCGGAGACGUUGGAGCGCGUCGCGCGACUCCGGAGACCCGCGAGAGGCGUUACGUUCGUGCGCUUCGAGGACGACGACGACCUCGACGCGGCCGCAUCUCUGGGCCCCGUCAUGUCUGGCGCGUCGAUCGACUGGCUGGAUGGUGGACACCUCGCACCGGUCUUCGUCGAGGCCGGGGGCCUACGGCUCGGUGAGGAGAACCUCGUCGACGGCGUCGCGGACGCGAUCGCUCGCGCGCUCGACGCGAGCGCGGUCGGGCUGCUGGAGUAAUUGUGUUGUUGUUACCUAUCGUGGUCCUUAGGGUACAUGACCCGCCGCUUCUUGAAGUCGAGGUGCGCCUCGGGAACAUCAUGAGGAUAAAGUCGGUUGUUGAGCUGGUCGAAGACGGCGCCGCCGCCGUCGUCGUCGUGCUCGGCCUGCUUCCCCGUCCGCACCGACCGCGCCACGGUCACGGCCUUGCCCCCGAGCGCGCGGCCCGACCGCUCGAGCGCGCGCUCGACGGCGCCGACGCCGCCGAACGUCACGAUCGCGCACCCGUUGAAGACGCCCCGGUCGCGCACUUUUUUAAUCGAUUGCAGCACGCCGCAGCCCCGCAGGAACUGCUGGAGCUCGCUGUCCUUGACCGUCAGCGGGAGACCCGACAAAAACACGGACGUCGGCCGCGCGGCGUCCUCAACCACUACCGUGCGUUUGCGCGGCGCCUCGUCGGCGGCGCGCGCCUCGGGGUCGUAGUCGGGCCGCAUCGACGGGUAGAGCGCGGCCGCGGCGGCGUGCGCGUCUUCUUUAGGCGUGUCGUCGGCCGGCGCGGGCGGCGGCGGCGGCGGCGGCGGG